AUGUUCUGUGGUCUUCCCAUACCAUUCCGGUCCCGAUCGGGGCACAACGCCAGCGCCAUGGAGCCACGGGAGAGGAUCAAGCUACGAAAGAAGCAAAAGAAGGCACGACUAGCCUCGAGUGACCAGUUUCAGUACCAGGGAAAACCCCCCAAGGGCCCUGCAAGGGCAUGCAACAGUAGUAAGAGCCCGAAAACUAUCACGCCUGAGAAUGGCCCGCCGCGUCCUUCACAUUCCCACUCCCGGCUCACGCCUAGAGGCAACAGAGGCUCAACAGCCCACAAAAGCUUCCACAACGCCCAACAUGGGGAAACCCCGAAUGAUGACACCGACACCGAGAAUAAGGAGCGUAAUAGUACGAAGCCGCACAGCGACCAGUCCCAGAUACAGGUACCGCCAUUACGUCGUGCGGAAGCCGUCGGUAUCGAGUACAUUUGA